UCAUAUAAUUUUGUUCAUCUACUAAAAAUGGCUUCAAAAUAUGCAAUAGUCAUUUUAGGACUUUUAGCUUUGGUUGUUAUUGUUCCUUCAAAGGUAGUUGCCAGAGAUUUUCCUCAGAGUUUCUCUACUUAUAAAGCAGGUAGUGGCAUUGCCAAGGAUAUAUUAGUUGGAGGCAACCCUGCUCAUGUCCCAAACCAAGCAUAUAGGGAAGAAAAAUCAGAAUCAAAUGUUGGAUUAGACGGAUUGGUUGAAAUUGAACAAAGUAAUAUGUCGGGCGUGGGAGGAAGUGUUGAUAAAACUUGUAGGCCUUGCUGCUUCUUUGGAGGGUGUGCAUGUUGCUAGAAAUAAGAAUUGGUAACUAAAGAAGAAUGUGUUGUUAGAAAUAAUAUAUGCUACGCUAAAAUAAGAUGUAGACAAUAAAACUCUAAAUAC